AUGAAUAAUUUAAAUAUAAAUGAAAAAGAUGAGGAAAAUAAUAGUGCAAUAAUAAAUAAAAUACAUUCACAUCAUGAAGAAAGUAUUUCAACAAAUAUGAGAAAUCAUGUAAAUCAAAUAAAUGAUAAAACUAAAAUUAGCAGUAAUUCAUCACUAAUAAAAAAAAAUAAAGAAACAAGAUUUGAAGAAAAUUUUAACAAUAAUUUGGUUUUCAAACAUAAUUUUUCUAUUAGAGAAAAGAAUUAUAGUGGGCGCUUAAUAAAUGAAGAAAAACUAUGCAACACAAAUCUCCUAAAUAAUGUUGGUUUUGAUUUAAAAAUAAAUUUAGUGAAUAAUAAUUUAAAUGAUAUAAAUAAUUUUAAAAAUAAUCUUUUAAAUAAAAAUGACACAACUGAUGAAAAACCUGUUAAUACAAAUAAUAAUUUGAAUAUGAUGUAUGGUGAAUUAUUAGAUAAUACAAAAAACAACAAUAAAAUUCAAAUAAAUAACGAUAUUGAUAUAAAAAACAUAGAGAAUAUAAAUGAUAGUUCUUUUAAUCAUGAUAGAGUAUUUAACAGUAAUGACAAGAAUGAAUUAAAUUACUCCAUUCAAAAUAAAAUGUGUACUACAAAGAAAAUAGAAAAGCUAAAUGAAAGCUAUUUGAAUGAAAAUGAUGAACGUUUCCAUAAAAAUAAAAGAAGUUAUUUAGAAAUAAAAUCAAAUAAUACAUUACAUGAUACUUUAAAUCCAUAUGAUUUUAGGAAAUUAACAAAUGCAUCAAAAGAAAAUUGUUCAACAAAUUUAAAUGUAGAAUACGAUAAUACUACUAAUAAGAAGAUAUGUUUAAAUAAUAAUACUAAUAUAUCGUUGUACGGUAACAAUUCUUUCUCUAAAUUAGAUGAUAAAGAUAAUAAUAAUUUUUUGAAAUAUGAUUUACAGGAAACAAAAAAAUAUCAUAUAAAUAACGAAAAAAAAGUAGGAACUCAUGAGGAUAUUGAAUAUUGCCAAAAUGUUCAUAGUAAAAGAGCAUAUAAUAAUAAUAUAUUAAAUAAUAAUAUAAAUUUUGAAAAAAUAGAAGAAAUCAGUGAUGCAAAUAUUAGUAACAGUUUAAACAUUUCUGGUGCUAUUUCCAACAAAAAUAGUAAAACAGAUGUUAAUAAUAAUAAUAGUUAUAAAAAUACCAGUAAUAAUUAUAAUAAUAGCAUUAAUGAUAAUAACAAUAAUAUUAAUAUUAAUAACAGUAACAAUAUAAUCGUUAAUAUGAAUGAUAAUUGUAAUAUAGAUAACAAUUCUAAUAAAGAAACUAACUUUAAAGAUAAAUAUAAGAUUUGCAAUUCUAAUAUAUUAAAUGAUAAGAAAAUUUUAGAUAAUAUUAGUAUAAAUGGAAAUGAUAAAAAAUUAACGUCAAUGCAUAUAGAAAAAGAAAAUCCUAAUAAUAAUUUUAAUGAUUCAAGAAAAGAUUCCCUAAAUCUUGACAUGAAUGGUUGCCAUUACGAAAAAAAAAAUAAUUAUAAAGAAAUAAAAGGUAAUAAUUAUAGUAAUAAAAAUAUAAGUUUGGAUCAAAGUAAAAAUGAUUCUAUUAUACAGAAAGAUGGAAUUAAUAUAAUUCUACAUGAUAAUAACUUGUCUGAUGAAAAUUAUUUUAAUGAAAAUAAUGUUAUUCAAGAAAAACUUAAUAGAUAUAACAUUUCUGAAGAAAAUCAAAAAAAUAAUAUAUUAAUAAGAAAAAAUGAAAAUAAUUUUGAUACAAACUAUAUAAAAAAGGGUUUAAUAGAUAACUUUUCAUCCAAUGAAAAAGGUAAUAAUGAUGAUAAUCAAAUUAAUUAUGAAGGUAAUAGAGAGUAUGAUAUCAAACAAAAGGUUGAUAAAUUAAAGGAAGUGCCAAAUGAUAUAUACAAAGGAGAAUUAAAAAAUAAUAAUUCAUCUAAUGAAUAUAAUAUGAGAGAUACGAAUUUUAUAAAGUAUGUAAAUGUCGAAAAUGAUAAAAAUAUAUCGAAUAAUGAACAAAAUAGAGAAAAUAAUUUUUUUUUUUCACAUGAACUUAAUAAUAACUUUAUAGAUAAUGAACAGAAAGAUAUAAAAGAUAAUAAUAACAUUUUUUUAAAACAUAAUAAUAUAUAUAAAUUAAAUAAUUUAAAAAAUAGAACAGAUACCUUGAAUUCUUCAAACGAUAAUGAUGUAAAUGCACGUAGUAAUUUGAAAAAUUCUGAAUAUAUAGAUAAAGAUAUUUAUUUACAUGGUUCAACAAAUUUUAAUUAUAAGGAGAAUUGUGAUAAAAAUAUUAAUAAAGAUUCAAAUAAUACAAUUUAUAAUUUUAAAAAUGAAGUAAAUUGUGAUAAAUUCCAACAUAAAAAUAUAAAUAAUGAACAUAAUGUAUAUGAAAUGGCAGAUAUUAAUAAUCAUACAUAUGAGAGCACUCAUAAAAAUGUCUGUGGUAAUGAAGUAAAAAUGAGAAACAUAGAAAAUCCAUUUGAUAAUUGUAAAAAUGUAAAUUAUGAUAAAAUUUCAAGAGAUAUAAAUAAAAAUAAUUGCAACCUAAAUUGUAAUAAAUUGAUUGAAAAUGAAUUUUUAAGUUGUGAAAAGAAUAAUGGAAAAUUUUAUUCAGAAUUUUAUAGAAACAGUAUAGAAAAGGAAAAUUAUUCAGAUUAUAACUAUCUGAAUAAUAUAGAUAACCCCAUCUUGAAAACUGAUGCAUAUUUAAACAAGAAACAAGAAUAUAUUGAUAACGAAAAAGAAAUAAAGGAAAAACUUAAGAAAGAUCAUAUGAAAAAAGAAGAAGAAAACCAUGAUUAUUAUUAUGAAAAAACAUUAGAAUUUCUUAAUGAAGAAUUUUAUAGCAAUAAUAUAAGUAAUUUGAAUGAUAGAGACAUUCUUGAAAAAACUCCUUUUUUUAAAUUAGUUAAUUUUGAAAAAAAAUUAGCUUAUGAACGUAAAAGAGUUUUAAAUUAUCACAAUGAAGAUAAAAAACAAAUUUACUCAAAUAACAUAAAUAAAGAUAAACAAUUUUCACAUAUAUUUCUUAAUAAUGAAAAGUUUUAUGAUGCAAAAGAAAUAUUAGCUUAUCUUCUUCCUUAUCAUACAUUUUAUUUAGAUGAAAUUUGUUUAGAACCAUAUGAAGAAGAUAAAAAUAUUUCAAAAAAAUUAGAAAAAGAUAUUAAAAAAAUAGAAGAAGAAAUUUAUAAAAUUAAGGAUUCUUUUUAUACUUUUACAAAUCCAUCAAUAGUAUGGAGCUUUAAUAAAAUAAUUAACAGAAUAACUAAUAAUUUUAAUAAAAAAAAAAGAAUAAAAUAA